AUAAUUUCGAUAGUUUGGUCGUUAGGAUGUUAUAACCACGUAUUUAUUUUCUACUGCUUUGCUCAACACAUUCGUGUGUCAAAAAGUGUAAAGGACAUUCGUCAGAGUUUCGUUGGUCAAUAUAUAUCUAUCACGAUUAAAAUAGAUUGUUCUCCAGAAUAUCGAUCAAUCGAAUUUGGUAAGCAACAAAUAAAGAAUAAGAUUGCAUUGUCCAGGAUCUAUCUUAUAAUACGCAAUUUAAACCGCUGAAUUUAACUCUGCCGAAUAGUCUCAAUGCAAACAAAGUAGAUUAUAAUAUAUCUUAAGCAUCACAAAAUUUACCAGUGACAAAACGCGUUGAACAGGAAAUACAGUUUUAAGGAAAGAAGUGAUAUUGAUCCUGAUCAAAAUAUUAGUGCGAAUGGAGAACGGAAGAAUAUUUGCGAUACAUUAUAAGGAGAAUUGCAAACAACAAAUAGCGCAAGCUUACAAGAAGAAGAGAAUUCGAGUGAUAUGAAGAAGAAUUCAAAUAUGCAGAAGCAGCGCACCAGCAAAUGUCUAAAAACAUAAAAACGUCUAGUGUUGAAAUAUCUAAUAAGAGUAAGGACGAUGAUGAAGAGAAUGAGCUGAUGAAGCAGAGUACAUAUAUUCAUCUUAUGGCAACAAAGAAUCAUGAAGAAAUUAAGAGACUCUGUCUUCAUAAAACAUUUUAUAAAAUAAUACUUUGUAAUAAAUAUAAUAUGUCAGAUGAAGAGUUGAAAAUCCCGCGCACAGAUCCCGUCGAGCAGUACAAAACGGACAAAUUUUUGAAUUUGAAAGAGGCUGAAUGGUUGCAGCAAUGUUUUGCAAAAUCUCAAAGCACGUUGGUAGCAGUGAUGAUCGAGAACCAGAAAAGAGAGAUAGAGUCAAUGAAAUUGGCCGAUAAAGUAACCAAGCUUCAGAAUUUAUGCAAUUCACUCGAAAAAGAAAAAAUAAAUUUAUUAUUACAACUAAAGAAUAAGAAUAAUAAGACAUCUGGGGCGGAAUCAUUCAAUGCCUCGACACUGCAGAAGAGUAGCCUUAAGGAAGAAAGCCAACAAACAUUAGAAAUAAAUAACAUAUCGUCGAACCUGCAAAACGUGAAAAAGCAAGUGGCUGGAAAGGAAGUUCCUAAAGAUUUUGACGAAGACUACAUUUCAUCGCCAGUAAUAUAUCGACAAGAAAUGAUGGAAAGUAGAGAUUACAAUCAUAUUACGUUACCGACAACGAAUAUCACCAAUAUAGAAACGGAUAGAGCAGUGGACGACCAAGUAGUUCCAAUGUUGACUAAAGAUAAAUUGAACAAAGCAGAUGAAUCACUGAAACAAAUAGACAAGGAAUCUCUGACCAAAUUACUGAUAAAUGAAGAAAAGACGAAUAAAAUGUUAAAUAAUGAGACUAAAGCAAUUAAAUUGUUAAAAGAUAUGAAAACGAACGAUGAGUCGAUUAUCAUAAGAAAACAAAUUCGAGGUGAAGAUAAAGUAACAGAUGCUAAGACAGAAAAUAAAAGAGACGAUACAAUUUUUAUAAAAAAAUUAAUUUUUUUACUUUCGUUACGUCCUAAUACUACAAAAGAUCAAAAAAUUAUAAAAAAUAUUAUGGACAAAGCAUACCAACCGCCUGAUGACUAUCAUUCGUUGGAAUAUGCUUAUAAAAAGUUUAUUGAUGCUUGCACAUCUCAACAAAGAGACAAAAAUCAGCUUGGCGUUAGCGAUGUAAAUACACAUAUACGUAAUCGUAUAAAACAUAUAUACUGUAACUUAGCUGAGGACAUCCUAAAAUUAAAAUAUUAUGAAAUGAAUGAUCAUGUAAAUAACAUUUGUCAAACUACUGUAAACAAUAAAAGCAAAGAACACGGAUAUACAUUAAACGAAACUGUCGAAGAGGAUCAAGUUAUAAAGGUUGUAGAAGAAAACAAAAUCAAAGAAGUUGAAAAGAAAACGAAAUCAAAGAAGUUGAAAACGAAAUCAAAGAAGUUGAAAAUAGAUCCAGGCACAACUAGUAAUGAAACAUUACUUUAUGGAAAAGAUGUAAUUUUGGAAGACAAUAGUAAAACGACUAAUGAAACCUUGAUGAUAGAAGAUAUAUCUAACGUCGCACAUAAAAUUGAUAAACAAAUUGAUGUUUGGGAGAUUUGGUGGACUGUUUAUAUAGAAAACAUUUUCACGACUAUUAUUCUUAUUCCUAUUAUUGUUAUUAUUCUUAUUAUUCUGCAAUUGUGGAUAAAGAUCAUUUAGAUAGCACGAAUGAUAUUUCGUUAAAGAGAUCUUGGCGAAACUAUUAUUAUAGACAUUGAAAGGUAAUUACACAUAUAUAUAUAGAAGUAAGGCUUCAUAAAUCAACAUUAAAAGUAACAAUCACAAG